AAAGUUUAUUUGUUUUACUUUUUUCCGUCCCAGUGUUUCAGAUAGGCGUAUGGAGUAAAUAUACCAAAAAAGGUUCACUUUGCGUAGCCUAUGUAGCCUACAUUCGAAGCGCUUUUACACUUUGGCUUUGUUCAUAAAGGAAAUCUCGUUAAUAGCCUACUAACAAAUGAUAUAUGUUGGACAGAUGGAAGCUAAUAGACAGAGUGCUUUCGUAGUAGGCAGUACGCCACUGGCAGCGCUGCAUAACAUGACCGAGAUGAAGACUUCUUUAUUUCCCUACUCCUUACAAAAUCCCACGGGGUUUAAAGCAUCCCCGCUCACCAGCAUAAACGCCCAGAUCGCCCUGGGAACACCACAUGGAAUUAGUGACAUCCUGGGAAGACCCAUCACCGCAGCAGGACAACUGCUAUCGGGUUUUCCAAGGAUAAAUGGACUGGCCACCUCUGCUGGAAUGUACUUUAAUCCUGUAUCUCGUUAUACGAAACCACUGACAGAGCUACCGGGAAGAGCACCCAUCUUCUGGUCAGGAGUCAUGCAGACCACCCCUUGGAGGGAUUCGCGGGUGACAUGUCCAGCUCAAGCUAAUAUGCUGCUGGACAAGGAUGGCAAGAAGAAGCAUUCAAGACCAACAUUUUCAGGACAACAGAUAUUUGCUUUGGAGAAAACUUUCGAACAAACUAAGUACCUUGCCGGUCCAGAGAGGGCUCGUCUCGCUUAUUCCUUGGGCAUGACAGAAAGUCAAGUCAAGGUCUGGUUUCAAAACAGGAGAACCAAAUGGCGAAAAAGACAUGCUGCAGAAAUGGCAACUGCCAAAAAGAAACAGGACUCUGAAACGGAGAAAAUGAAUGAAACUUCGGACAUCGAGGACGAUGAUGAGUACAACAAGCCCCUGGACCCAAACUCAGAUGAUGAAAAAAUCACUAGACUGCUGAAAAAACACAAGACCACCUCGCAUCAACCCAUGCCGCAAUAACUCGAAAAUGUGAUGGCAACGUCCAAUAAACCGAUUUAAACAGGGUAGGCUAGGCUAUAAGAUACAUAAAUAUAUGUAGAGAGAGCGUGUGUGUGUGUGUGUGUGUGUGAGAGAGAGAGAGAGAGAUAGAGAGAAAUAGAGAGAGAAAGAUGUGAAUACAUGUACAGUUUUUUAUGAUGAUGCUUAUUUUACAACUUCAUUACCAGCAGCUCAUAGGGAUUGAGGAAAGUCUAGGCUAUCUGACUAGUCUAGUUACAGUCUGUCUAACAUGAGUUAGGCUAUGCGUAGCCUGCCUCUUGACUAUUUGUGUUAACUUGUUGGCUGUGUUAAGCUAAUUAAUGUGUAUAAGUAUUUUAACAAGGUUAGUUUUCACAGAAGUGAAUUUUAUUCUCAUUUCAAGCCUGCAGUGUGCCAACUCCCAAACAGGACUGCAUAUGAUUUGCUGAAUAAAGAAAGUAACGGGCUAGGG